AUGCUUGGCGAAGUCGACCUUUCUGGUAACUCCGCCCUCCAGCGUUUCGCGGCUCUCGCGGCGGAAGAAGCGGACAGAGCGCGAGGCACGCCGCAUUCCUCCAUCGCCGCUGCCGCCGCCGCCGCUGCCGCCGUCACGAUAAUUUCGGACGUUAGAUCGUUCCCGGUAAUCCCGGAGGAGCCGUCGAGUUCGAGAACUCAGUCGCAGCAGCACGAAGAGCACGGGUUAGGGAAAUCGCAGACGCGCAAUGAGGGAGCAGGAGCAUCAGGAGGAUCAUACCAGGAGCAAAAAGCUUUAGGUUUUGGUCCGUCAGGUCCCGCUAUUCCUCCUGCUGUUCCUCCUGUUCCUGGUUCUGCUGCUGCUGCUGCUGCGUCCUCUGCGUCAGUUCAUCCGUUACACGGCGUCGUGACUGUUCCGGACAUUCCGCUUCUUUUGCUGCGGCUGAUCGAUGCAGCGGCUCACGAGGACCACCCGAAGGCGCUAACGAAACUUCGCCGAAUUGCAGCUGGGUUGGAUACUUUGGAGAGCUUUACAAAAGGGAGGCGCGGGGAGGGGAAGGCGGGGGACGCCGAAGAGAAGACAGAAGGGGAAGAGGCCAAAGGGGUGGAUACCCAAGGGGAUGAAACCAAAGGCGAAGGUGUCUCUGGGGAGAAGGAGGAAGAUGCAGAAGAGAAGAAUGAUGCUCCGGGCCACGGUGACGAAUCUGGAAAAGGCGAGGAAGCGAAGGAGAACGACGCAAGCGAACCAGGAGGCAACGGGGAAGCCGCGGUGACACAGACCGGGGAGGAGUUAGGAACGCUAGGGUCGUUAGGGAAGGAGGAAACCUCGAGGUUGAUUGUUGAGACUCUAUUGGCGAUCAUGGGGGGUAGGCACGAGGAGGAGGAGAUGGGCCAGGCUGGGUCAGGCAAAGGGGAGGGCGGAGAAGGAAUGGGAAGCAGAAGCAGCGGCAAGAGAAGCAGCAGCAUGGGUGGCAGUAUGGGCAGCAGUGGUGGGCAGGGGUGGACGAAGGGAGGAGGGCCUGCGAUCCAGUCAGCUUCAGAUGGCGACGAUCCUGCCACGUCAGCUGCUGCUGAGUCAUCACCCUCUGUUGACUCCCCCGCUGCCGACCCCUCAUCGACUGACUCCCCAGAUCCAGCUGCAGUCCCUUCCGUUAUAAUCACAAGCAGCACUGCCAAAGCUGCCACUCAGCCCGCCCCAGAGCCACCAGCUAGAGCGAAACCCGGUGCUGGUCAGUUGCAAGUGUCUCCUCGCACGCGCAUGGCACGGGGCAUAGCCUGCGUGCUGCUCUCCUGCACGCGCAACCGCGCCCUGUGCGCCUCAAUGGGGCUCGUGAGGGCGCUGCUGGCCGCUCUGAGGGUGAUUCUCCUGGGAGGGGUGGACUCGCAGGGACUGCCGCCUGCUGCUGCUACUGCUGACGCGCUGUUGCUGCCAGGGAGGAGUGGCAUCAGCUCGAAGAAUAACGACCGUUCUAGCAGCACGAGCGCAGGUGCAGAUGAGACAGGGUGUGAGGGUGAAUCAACUCCAGUGACGCCAUUGUUUGGAGUGGCAGAUGAAGCAGCGUGGGACUGCUCCCCUCUGGUGACGGCGCUGGAGUGUCUAGCAGCGCACUCUCUCAACGUUGCUGAGCUGCAGGACUGGGUCCGAUCCACCGAGGCUCUUAUCCUCCCUGCUGCUGCCCCACCUGCUGCUGCUAAUGCUGCUGUUUCUGCUGCUACGGCUGCUGAUUCAGCUGCUGCUGACGCUCAAGAUGGUCCCAGCAGCAGAAGUGGCCUAGCUGGUAGCAGUCGUGCUGCUCUCUUAUUGACAGCAUUGGAGCGUGCCAUGGCUGGGGAGGAGGCUCGGGGGCCGUCCCAUUCCUUCGAGCUGGACGGCCGAACCUCCGGGCUGCUAGGUCCGGGCGACAGCAAGUGGCCCUUUGGUAACGGUUACGCCGUCGCCACGUGGCUGUACGUCGAAUCGUUUGUCGACACGUCAGCAUCGGCGAUCACCGCAGCAGCCAAAGCAGCAGCCAUUGCAGCAGCAAUCACGGCAAAGGGAGGAGGGAAAGGGUCCGCUCAGGUGACUGCUGCUCAGAUCGCUGCUGCUGUAGCAGCCGCUAACUCCAAUAUCCUCCAUUUGCCACGCCUCUACAGCUUCUUAACCAUCGAGAACCACGGAAUAGAGGCCUAUUUCCACAAAGACACCCUCGUUGUGGAGUCUAAUUGCCCUUGGACCGGCAUCCGAAACGCGGUUCGCACCAACCCCCCUUCCGGACUGCUCUUGAACUCCUCUCAGAAACAGACAGGACCCGCCGCCCAUCAUCACCAGCAGCAGCGGCAGCAGCGGCUACAGUGCCCCCUGUUCGCCGAGCUCGGCCCGGUCUACAUCUUCAAGGAGCCAAUCGGAAGCGAGAGAAUCGCCAGGCUGGCAGUGCGUGGGGGGGACCACCUGCCUGUGUUUGGGGCGGGUGCGGGGGCGCCAGCUCACAUGGGGAGUGAGCUGAUGAUGAGGAAAGCUGAGGAGUCAUGCAGUCUAGAUGUGGACCUCGCACCCAGUAUCCACCUCCUGUACCACCCCAAGAUGCUUCUGGGAAGUCAGUCUCUCUCUGGUGCCUUUCAAACAGCUUUUGAGUCGUCUCAGGAAAAGAACCCGUUUCAUGUCUUUGAUGCGUGCAGAGGAGGCCAGCAGAAGUGGUGGGGCAGGUGCAUGUGGCAGCGAGGCGGCGAGGGUGGGCAUGGCUCAUACAAGCAUUCAGCUUGGUAUCACCGUCUCAAACCUCUGCACCCCACCUUCCAUCCCCGCCUGUUCCCACCAGGCGUGCAGAGGAGGCCAGCAGAGGUGGUGGGGCAGGUGCAUGUGGCAGCGAGGCGGCGAGCGGCCGAUGCUCUCUGGGCUGCAGCAGAGGGCGGGCCCGUGGCGCUGCUGCCCCUCUGCAUAGAGGCUCUGGAUUUGCACUCCAUGGGACCGCAGGUUCGCUCGCCUCCUCUCUCCCUCUCCGCCUCUCAGCUCCUUCCCAACGCCCUCCGCAUCAUCGCCCGCUCCCUCCGCCGCCCGAUGAACCGAGAAGAACUCAAGGGACCCGCCCCCGCGCUCCUUUCCCACCUCCUCCACUUCGUCCUCUCCUCGCCACCCACUCUUAACGAAUCAGCUUCUAACGAAUCAGCAGCUGAAGAUACUAGUGGAUCUAUUGACAGCUCCAAGGAACAUUCAAUGGAGAAGAGUCGAGAGCGAGAGCGAGAUAGGGACAAAGAGCUGGUCCACGCGUGCAUGCUCCUGGCCCACAUGCCCCGCCCUGGCGACCACCUGAAAAACCACCUGAUGGAGCACCUGCUGCUGCACCUGCCUCUGUGGGCGCCCUCCCACCUGAGCACGCAGAGGGCCCUGCUUGCAGCCGUAGGGGACGCGGUCUCUCUGGAGCUGCAGGCGCUGCAAUCAGUGGGAGCUGUGUCGGUACACAAGGUUGGAGACAAGGGGCAAUUUAGAAAGAGGGAGAGGGUUGCAGCCGUAGGGGAUGCGGUGUCCCUGGAGCUGCAGGCGCUGCAAUCAGUGGUUGCUGUCUCAGUAAGAGAAGGUUGGAGUCAAGUCAAGGGGUAA